AGGGACGAGCACCUGACAAUUUAGCUCAAGGAAAACCACCGACACAGUUAAAUCACCAUUUUGAGUUGACAGCACCUGAUGUUCCAGAUCAAACAAAUUAUCAGACUAGUUUGUCACAUGAUGAUUAUAACAAGAAAGGUGGCGUCAAGACCGUACCAUGUCCCAUAGACAGAACCAUUAACUGGCCGGAUAUGGCACCACAGUAUAUGGAGAAUCCUACAUUAGGUGAUACAGAAUAUUCUAAUCAGUACAUGUCUACAGAACAUGCGUUGAUGGCCCCAGUUCACCCCAAGAUCAACACAUCAAAGGUUCAACUUCCACUCGACCCAGAGAAAUAUCAGAGACUAGGUGAUGCUAGUAUAGUUCUCGGAUCAGAUGUCAACAAAUUAGCCAGUGAACAUCAGAGUUGCUUCUCAGAAGAUAGAUUAAAGGGGAGAACCAACCCAUCAGCAUCUCUGUCAAAUACGUCAUCUUUAAAAAAUACGUCACACGUUUUUAGAGCUGGUGAUUACAAUAACUCCGGUGCGAGUUUUGAGACUAAUAAUAUGACAGAUUACGGACCUAGAACCAAAUCACCAUGUCAACAAGUUACAGCUAAACUUCUGCAACAAGCAAACCCAUCGAUGAAGGUGGAUUCUAGUUUAUUAGAAGAAAAUCAUUUAAAUAGACAUGCCCAACAGGUGACAGUACCCGGGGUAUAUAGAGUAUCACAUGGCGAUUUUAUGGCCCCGCCCUCCACAUUUAAACCUAUGACACCAAAGAGAGCCCCACCUGUCAGGUUUGAUUUUCUGAAAGCCAAUGAUGCUCUUCCUUAUUCGGCUCCUAUCAGUGGAAGUGAGGCUAAGAACACAUUUACUGGAACGUUGAUGAAUGGCUACGAGGCGUUACAGAGACGAUAUGCCAAGGAAUACAAUUGUCGAUCGGGAGUCGAACUCAACAGAGAUACACAUUUCACGAUCGGUAUUGAAAAUCUAACACCGGACCAUACGACUGAAAACAGAUCGAUGUUUACUGGGGCGCCGAUAGCUGAUCGGAUCCAGAGGACAGCUGGUAUCAGAGAGAUUAUACCGGAGAGACAGUUCAGUCAUCUCAGCGUCAGUGAAAAUACGUCCGAUUACACAGCGGCCGAUCCUUACGUUGCGAGUACGAAGGAAGCAUUACGAGCCAGGAAUCUCUGCAUGAGCGAAAGAAAUUCCGGAAAGAAACAGACACCGUUUGAAACAUCGGUGAUGAGAAAUGAUUUUGUUCCACUUGACUCUUCAAGGUUUACAGAAAGUCAUCAGAAGAGAAUAGAACAAGUUAAUAAAAUAUUUAACCAACCUCUAGAAAAAUCACACCUGUUUCACACAGAUACGUCAGGAGGUAACAACAUGGUGUCAACGUCUAUGAAUGAUUUUGUUAAACCCGAACAUAUGUCAGGACAGAAGUUAUUAGGUGCAAGAUAGAUCAAAGUUUUAUUUAUUGAUGUACAUGAUUUUAUAUC